AUGACAACAAAAGAAUCGGCAACUGUUAGUUCUUCUAUAAAAACUCUCAAUGAUUUGUUUCACUUUUCAUCAUCAUCAUCAUUUUUAACAAAUCAUUAUAAACGUGCACAACUUGUUCCACGUCAUACAUCACCAAGACAAAAAAUUUUAUUAUGUCAUGAUAUGAAAGGAGGAUAUUUAGAAGAUAGACAUACACAAGGUUGUCAAACAAAUGAGCCUUGCUAUCGUUUUUUUCGUUGGCAUCUAAUCGAUAUAUUCGUCUAUUUUUCUCAUGAACUUGUUACUAUACCACCCCUAGUUUGGAUUGAUUGUGCGCAUAAAAAUGGUGUUCAAAUACUUGGGACAUUUAUUACUGAAUUUGAUGAUGGAAAAGAAAUAUGCCGUCAAUUAUUAGCAUCGGAUGAUAAUGUUGACCGAGCAGUCGAUGCUCUUGCAUUACUUAUGACAUGGUAUAAUUUUGAUGGAUAUCUAUUGAAUAUUGAGAAUCCGAUUGAGCCUGAACAUAUGCAACGUCUUCAUUCGUUUGUUUCGAAACUUAAAGCUGCUUGUGCAAAAAUCGAUCCGAAUAGUUUAAUUAUUUGGUACGAUAGUGUAACGAAAGAUGGUGAACUCGAAUGGCAAAAUCGGCUCAAUGAAUUCAAUGAAUUAUUUUUCAAUGUCUGCGAUGGAAUAUUUUUAAAUUAUACGUGGGUACCUGAGAUGCUUUUAGAAUCGAAAAUUAAUGCUGGACAACGUUGCCGAGAUGUUUUUGUUGGUAUUGAUGUUUUUGGUCGAGGAUGUUUCGGUGGUGGUGGGUUUAAUACAUGUGAAGCAAUGAGUAUAAGUUAUAAAAGUGAUUUAAGUACGGCUAUAUUUGCACCUGCUUGGAUAUUUGAAACACUCGAUGCAAAUGAGUUUCUUGAAAACGAUAGAAAAUUUUGGAAUUCAUUAGAACCAUUUACAAGCCAAAGAGUUCUUCAUAUGAAAUCAUUAACAACAUUUUUCUCUGAUGGUUUUGGUAAACAAUUCUUUGUUCAUGGUUUGAAUCUGGCAAAAAAUCUAUGGUAUAAUCUCAGUUUACAAUCUUAUUUACCAAAUGUUUUGAGUGAAAACCAAUGGUUAAUAAAUCAUGAUGAUGCGUAUUUCGGUGGAUCGUGCAUUGAAUUCAAAGCAGACCAUAAAGGCUAUUUCAAAUUAUUCAAAUGCUUUAUACCAAUUGAAUUAACUUGUGAUGUAACUGUAGUUUUUAAGUCUAUUACUGAUAUUGUACUUGAACUCACAUUUGAUGAUGAACGACAAGUACGAUUGGAGAAAAGUGAUGCAGAUUCAAGUAUUCGUAAUUGGAAACGAAAGACCUAUCGAAUUACUGUAAAUGAACGAGUAUGUAUAACUGAUGUAUCAGUUCAUUGCGUUGAAAAUACAGACUCAACAACUAUCAAACUUGGUUAUUUAUCGAUUCGUCCUGUUGAGCCUCAAUGUUUAAAAAUAAUUGAAUCAUUGCCACCUUUAAUUCAAUCCAUUGAACAAACUUCUAAUUCAUCAAUCAUACUACAUUUUCUUGAUUCUAUUCAAGAACAACCAACCUCAAUUAUAUUAGUUGUUGUACGUGAUCAAUUUGAACAAUAUUCAUUUCUUGGUGCUACACGUCAAUCGUAUUUUGUUAUUUUUCAAUCGGAAAUAAUCAAUACUCAACAAGAAUAUUCGAUGUUAGCUAUUCGACAUUAUUCACUUGAUAGUUUAGACUUGAUAAAUGAACAAAUUCUUAAAAUACCGAGAGCAUUCAAUUGUUUACAAGGCUUUUGCUCGAAAAGUUUUUAA